AUGAUCGGACCGUCCUCGGGCGCCGGAGGGAUACCGGAUCACGAGGUGUCCAACAACCAGCCCCGUCCGACGAAGAAGCGUGUCUUCGACGAUCUCGACAUAGAGAGCCUAUGCGAGGAGGUCCAGAACGGUCGGAAGCGUUACCAUCUCCAAGAGAUCGAGACCCCAAUGGAAUUGGUCGCCUCUAAUCAGGUGAUCGGCGACACAGCGGGAUUGUUCACCCCGUUAUCCAGCCAAGAAGCAAUAGAGGAAUGUCCAAUGGCUAGGCUGGAGGUUCUUCUGGUAGACGGAACGAAUUACACAUGGACCACCGUUUCCGAGCUGGAGGCCCAGCAGAGCAUCGCUGAAACGUCCCCCAGCUCGCCUUCCGGGCACACCAGGCAACAGCACGUGGUCCAGGACGUUCAGAUCGAGGAGACAAGCUACCAGGUGGAUCCGAGUUAUUGGGGACCGGUCGUGUCAGUUCCAGCCGCCAAUCUGGAACAGAACAAGCUGGCCAAUAGCCACCCCAAUAGCCACCAUCAGCAGCAACCGUUCGACGAUCAGGAGACUGGGAACCUGUCCUGGCUGCUGGACUUCAAGCUGGACUCUUUCAUCGAGGCUGCUGACGAUAAAUCGACUGCACCCACAUUCAGGGACAACCAUAACGGAAGCAAGACGAAAGUAAACGGACGGUCCUAUACAUCCGCCUACGUGAACGACAUCAGAAGGAGUUACAACGACAACGGUUCGUCGCAACAGGACGCCAGUCCGACUUAUUCAACGUUGGACAACCGAAAUAUACCGUCGUCCCGUUGCAACGGGCCCAAAAAACCGCCCUUCACCUACACGGAGCUAAUUGAACACGCUCUCCGAGAAAGGGGAGAGCUAACAGUCUCGGCCAUUUAUCAAUGGAUUUCUGAACAUUUCCCUUAUUACAAGAGCAACGACGAUCGCUGGAAGAACUCCGUGCGGCACAAUCUCUCGAUAAACCCCCACUUCCGGAAGGGUUCGAAGGCCCCACAUGGGGCUGGACACCUGUGGGCCAUCGCGAACCGUUGCACAGACACUAGACCCAGACAGAUUGCUAAUCCUUCUGUGAAACAAAUCGUCAAGACCACUAUGGAGACCGAGAAUCCUCGAAGAACCAUCAGUCACAUGAAUCCUAUAGACGAAGUGGAGGCAGCAACCGCGAGCAUUACUCAACCAGCUACAGAAGAGGAGACCGAGACCAUAGUGAGCUCUGUAACCUUGGAGCACUGCGCAGAACAAAUACUCAGCGGUAUUAAAAAGGAGGUAGAGGUACAGUAUCUGGUCCCAAUGAUGAUGUCCAACAACAAUUCAACACAGACUGACCAGCAAACGCAACAGCUCCAUUAUCCUGUGAAAGAAAGCGACUUCCUGAAUCCAGUGUCCAAAGAGGUGGUUGCAGAGGAGUGUGGACUGAUAAGCGAGGGAUAUUUAGUCACCGAUCUGAAUCCAGCGACCCUGGGCCUGAACAUGGUGGAGCCAGAGAUCAUAACCCCGGAGAAUCUGUUCGGCGAAGAGUUAAACUUUCAGUUUUACGAACUGUCCUCCCCGUCCCAGCUCCAAUCUGCCUGA